UACUGAGGAAGGAAGUUGAGAUGGUUUAUAUCGACCAGGCAUCACUCUUCCCCAGACUGAGUGCGAACCAACACACAGGACAGUUUGACGUCUUUUGAUUAAAACUAGACAAAAAGGAGCAUCUACUAUCUGCAGAAUCACAGGUAAUGGCGGUCGAGUACCACGUCUCUCAAAUGACAAACAUGGAUGUUGAUGACAGUCAAAUUGCCUACAAGAAACUCUUUUCGGAUGCCAGGAAUAUUCGUUUUUCAGUUUAUGCACUGAGGAACAACCCUUUCAAGGUUGCCUCAAUCUGCUUCGGGCUGCUUUGUGUUCUCCUGUUAGCUUGCUUCAUUGGAACAAAAGUGCACUACUCAAAUGUAAUAGGAAAGCAAGAGAGCGAAGUGAAAUCCCUGACCACAGACAAAGAAAAACUGCAACAAAACCUGAAGACACUGCAACAAGACAAAUGGAACCUGGAAAAGACCCGCAAUCAGUUACAGGAAAUCAGAGAUAGGUCAGCUAAGACAAUUGACCAACAGUCUUCCAAUAUUAAUACACUUAGUGAUGAAUUAUUCGAGCUUAAAAACAAACACAAACAGUUGGAGAAUACAAACUCUGCUACAAACAAGGAGUUGGGACAAUUAAAAGCUGAUAAGGCUCAGCUACUGAGGGAUAAAGAAAUCCUCGUUGCAGCCCAAACUGCCUCAGAUGCACGGUACCAAUCUGCAGCCAAACUUACCAAGAGUAUGCAGGAAAGUGUCAAUUUAGUGACCAAAGACAGGGACAUUUGGCAAAAUAAAUACAAUAAUGCUACCAGAUUACGGGAUCAGCUCCAGAUGAAUUACAACAGCUUAAUUCAGAAGGUAGAACAUCUACAAGAACAAUACAAUCACUCAACAAGUGAGAAAGAUAAAAUAACAGGUAGUCACCAGAACCUAACAAUUGAGCUGCAAACUCUACAGACCACAUAUUCAAUUAUCAAAACAGCACAAAAUGAGCUGCAGGCUUCUUAUGAAUCUGUUGUUCAGGAAAAGCAACAGCUUCAAACUAGAAUUGCAAACAUCACUGAAGAAAGAGACCUGCUGAAAAUCAAAGCACAAAAUCUGACUGCUGAGAGGAACCAAUUACAAGAAACUGUUAACCAGCUGAACUCAACAAUUCAAGAGAAGAAGUGCCCGGCAGGAUGGAGGAAGUUCAAAUACAGCUGCUACUUCACAUCUUCAGUGAAGAAUACCUGGCAACAGAGCAGGGAAUUCUGCCAGAACAACACAGGGGACCUGGCAGUCAUCAAAAGCGAAGAGGAAAUGGCCUUCAUCAACUCUUUGUACAGCAGUGAUCAAGAAGCCUGGAUUGGAUUGACUGAUGGGGGAAUAGAGGGGCAAUGGAAAUGGGUGGAUGGGACACCACUCACCCAAUCGUUUUGGGCUAAAGGUCAACCCAACAGCCAUCAGGGAAGAAAUCAGGACUGUGUUGAAUUUUGGCAUCGUGCAAAGGGGAACGGCGACUGGAAUGACGAGAGCUGCAGUGUCAAACAAAACUGGAUCUGUGAGAUAUAGGAUACCAUCUGGAUCAGCUCAGUCUGCGUUCUCUGAAGAUCACUGCUUAAUAUAGCACAAAAUUGUAUUGGUUGUUGAAUAUUUGCAUUGCAUUAAUUACAAACAACAUUUAGUAGCUGCAAUUUUUUGCUUUUAUGAAAUAAACAGACAAUGAUGAUGACUAAACCACAGUCCUUAGCCAGGAAACGUUUUUAGAGCAUUUGUUUACUGAACCACUACGGCAAGUUAAUCAGCAUUUUAAUCAAUACAUAUGAUUGAUUAUUAUAUGUAUAUACCAUUAUAAGCAUUACAAUUAUACAAUCUAAAUACAUACAACUUUGUUUUAAUCUUAAAUUCUUGAUUUUUUUUAGUUUGCUUUUUUAAAGUAGAUUCUUGCCUAUUUUUCUUCUCCACGAGCACAAAUGUAACAUUUAGUUAGGAGAAGGCAGCACAGGCUAAAACCAUCAAACAUUGUUGGUUUUGAAAGUUCAUAUUUUCUGAUCAGUUUUUUUUUUAACACAAAAUAAACUGCUUUGUUUGUU